AUGCCAAACCAUUCAUGUACAAUUGUUGAUACUUUGAAAAUUAGCAAACCGUUUGAUGUCAAAAUCUCAAAGACCAAUCGAUAUAUUUUGGUCAGUGAUUUUAAUUCACACUCCAUAUUACGAUAUGGCCAAAUUUUUGAUUUAACCACAAGACUCUUUCUCAAACAAGUGGGACCCUAUUGCAAUGACCCUCAAUAUUUAUGUGUCGAAGUUGAAUCCCAAUAUCUUGAAGAAUCAUGUUGUUAUAAGAGUGAUGCAUUGAUUUUUUCACACACCCUCUACACUAUAGACAGUACCCAACGACUUUCAAAAUUUAAUUUACAUCAAUUGGUCGAGCAAGACGAGGACGAUGUUAGAAAAACAACCACACCCAUUUGGGAAAUUGAGUUGGGUAACGGAUUUAUUAAUGGAAUUGUCAGUGUGGACUCUCGAAUCUAUGUCCCGUUCAAUGCUUCGAUUCAAAUCUUGAAUUCGAAAACGGGAGAUAAACUUGACACCAUAUACCUCUCCACUCUAUGGAAUGCAUGUCAAUUCUCAAACGAAAGAAUUAUUUACUUGUGCUGA